AUGGACCAACAAGUACCCCAAGGUUUCUGGACUAACAUUUUGGGACAAAGGUCUGUAGUGGACACUAACGGUGCUAGAAAUCCUACAGUAAUCCUCAGUGGGCCUCAUGAUCACCUGGGUCCACCUCCUCCGCUCCCUCGUCAGUCAGACAGUUUGCUGGAUGGCGAGAAGACUGGAGCCACCUUGCUGUUCUCUGGAGUCUUCAUCACUCUGGUUGGUAUCACCUUCACCACCAUGGGAUGGCAACGCUAUCAAGACAACCUCAGCUUUGAGUGGCCCCAACUGCUGGGCCCCAUCCUGAUUUCAGUCGGAUGCACUUUUGUGUUAACAAGCAUCUGCAAAUUUGGAAUCAUCUCCUGCUGGCGCUCCAGACAGUGGGAUGAGGACGUGCUGGUGAUGCCUGUCAUGGAGCAAACCUCGGCGGGACAUUCUUUUACGCUGAGCGGCAUAAAUCAACCAAUCAUGUUACGUGGUGGCACGGCGAUGCUGUGUAUUCCACCUCCGUAUAACUUUAUAACCCAGGAAUCGAGCCAGCACUGUGACUUCCAGCCUGGCAGCUCUGUGAGUGCAGCCCUUCCUCCACUUGACGCUGCGUGCUGUGCGGAUAACGCAGCGUUCACAGCAGAUGAAGCAGACGGCUCAGACCUUAGAGGAAGCAGGAUUCAGAAGACGGAGGAUGAGCGAAGACGUGGUGAGGAGAGCGGCUCGGCCCCUGCGCAGCCACCUGCAUACGAAGACAUAUGCCCAUCCUAUAGCAGUUUCCCUGUCCCGAUGGAGGUCCGACCAGACGAACAUGCAAUAAUCCGCUCCAGUCGUCCGGGAUCAGCGGGCCUCGGAGUCCAGGCUCGGUCCUGGGACUCUGUGGCUUUCAUCUCAAUAGCCGAAGGACUCUCAUCAGACUGCCACUGGGAGUUUAAGUUCGAUGUGCAGCUUCAGAUUCCCAUGACCGUCACUGAGCCUUUGGGACUCUAG